UCUUACCAUCAGUUGCCUCCCAUCCAGCUCCUCCUUCGUCCGCUGCUGCGGGCACCCGGCAGGGACCCGAGCUUCUGCGUGGAGGUUUUGGAUUUAAAUGCCUAGUGCCCGGGAAAGGGACCGCGGUCCCAGAGCACCGCCGGCGUCUUGGGUGCCAACACCGCGGUGCAUCAAGACAGAGAUGCGCGCAGCCACGAGGGCGGGUGGAAGGAUUCGGGACCGGCAGCCGCUUGGCGCACAGCGGGGAAGGACACCUGUCUUCCCAGCCUCCUGCUGCCCGGAAACCCUCCGGCACUCCAUUGCCCACCGCGGGUCCCGGGAAUGCUGCGGGCGGAGGAGGGUGGCCGGGUCGCCCCUCCCGGGCCUUGCGGUCCUGAGAAAGCAGAAGCUAGCUCCUCCAGGGAAUCCCACUGGCUUAGGCUUUUGGGAAGAGAAACUUCAGCCCGGGCAGAGGGAGGAGAAGCCUGGGGGCGCAGAGUGCCCCACCCGCGCAUCCUGCCUUCCUUUGGCGCUUUGAAGAGCUGGGAGGAGAGUCCCUGGGUCCCGGCGAGGGGCGGGGAGCCACCGCCUGGUCCGCCCCUUCUCGCUGGACGCCCGAAGAUUGGGCAGUUUCCCGCACCGCUCCUGGGGGCGAUCCCGCCCCGCCCGGCCACACCCCGCCCUCGGACCGCGAGGGUAGAAGAGGGCCGCUGCUCAGUACCCGGGCCGGACGCGACGCCGAGCGGCAGCCCGGCUGACCUAGUCACUGGACAUUCACCUCCUCCGGGCCCUUUCAAUCCUCUCGAGAUCCUCCGCCCAACCCGGACCCCGCGUGCGAACCUGUUCCCCUGCUCCUCUGCUGUCGCCGCCCUGCAUCCUCUCCCAUCCUUCUCAGGACCUUUAACCCCUCCUGUCCAUCCUAUCCACCCGGCGAAAUCCUCUCUGGGCCCCUGACCUCAUUCCCCAGGUCCCCGAGCGACCUGGGUCAGGCCUCCUUCGGGCCCCCUGGUUGCCCUGGCUGAAGCGCGCCAUGCGGCCGCUGGCGCUCGGACUCCGAUUCCUGACGCCGCUGCUUCUGCUCGCGCGGUCAGCACCUGCCUCUGAGCCCUCGGCGCAGGACGUGAGCCUGGGCGUGGACUGGCUGAGACUCUAUGGCUACUUACCACCACCAGAUCCUGCCCAGGCCCAGCUGCAGAGCCCUGAGAAGCUGCGUGAUGCCAUCAAAGUCAUGCAGAGGUUCGCUGGGCUGCCUGAGACAGGACGCUUGGACAAAAGGACUUUAGAAACCAUGCGCAAGCCCCGUUGCUCCCUGCCUGACGUGCUGGGGCCUGCGGGGCUGGUUAGACGGCGCCGCCGCCGCUAUGCUCUGAGUGGCAGUGUGUGGAGGAAGCGAAUCCUGACCUGGAGGGUACAAUCCUUCCCCCAGAGCUCCCUGCUGAACCCUCAGAUAGUGCGGACCCUCAUGAGCUAUGCCCUGACCGUCUGGGGUGUUGAGUCAGGCCUCACGUUCCAGGAGGUGAAUUCCCAGCACCAGGAGGCUGACAUCCUCAUCGACUUUGCCCGGGCCUACCACCAGGACAGUUACCCCUUCGACGGGCUGGGCGGCACCCUUGCCCAUGCCUUCUUCCCUGGGGAGCACCCAAUCUCCGGGGACACUCACUUUGAUGAUGAGGAGAUCUGGACUUUUGGGUCGCAAGAUGGUGAGGGUACUGACCUGUUUGCUGUAGCUGUUCACGAGUUUGGCCACGCCCUGGGUCUGGGCCAUUCCUCCGCACCCAACUCCAUUAUGAGGCCCUUCUACCAGGGCCCAGUGGGUGACCCUGACAAGUACCGCCUGUCCCAGGAUGACCGUGAUGGCCUGCAGCAGCUGUAUGGGAAAGUGCCUCAAACCCCAAAUGACCAGCCCACAAGGAAACCCCUGAUUCCUCCAAGGCCCUCCGUCCUGCCCCCUGACAGCCCCUCCGCACCUGUCCCUGAUCGAUGUGAGGGCAGUUUUGAUGCCAUUGCCAACAUCCGCGGUGAAACCUUCUUUUUCAAAGGCCCCUGGUUCUGGCGCCUCCAGCCCUCAGGACAGCUGGUGUCGCCCCGGCCUGCCCGGGUGCACCGCUUCUGGGAGGGGCUGCCCUCGCACGUGAGGGUCAUCCAGGCCGCCUAUGCUCGGCGCGGAGACGGCCGAAUCCUCCUUUUCAGCGGCCCGCAGUUCUGGGUGUUCCGGGAGCGGCAGCUAGAGGGCGCAGCGCGCCCGCUCGAGGAGUUAGGGCUGCCGCCGGGCGAGGAGGUGGACGCCGUGUUCUCGUGGCCAUUCAACGGGAAGACCUACCUGAUCCGGGGACAGCAGUACUGGCGGUACGACGAGGCGGCCGCGCGCCCGGACCCGGGCUACCCGCGCGACCUGAGCCUCUGGGAAGGGGCGCCUCCCGCCCCCGACGAUGUCACUGUCGGCAACACAGGUGACACCUACUUCUUCAAGGGCGCCCACUACUGGCGCUUUCCCAAAGGCAGCGUCAAGACCGCGCCGGACUCCCCGCAGUCCAUGGGGCCCAAGUGGCUGGACUGCCCGGCCCCCGACUUUGGCCCUCGCACUCCUGAGCCCCCCAAACCGACCCCCAAGCCCGGAACCUGUGAUUGUCGGUGCGAGCUCAACCAGGCCUCCGAGAGGCCGCCCGCGCUGCUCCUGCUGUCCCUCCUGCCCCUGCUGGCGGGCGUCCUCUUCUGCUGAGGGCAGGGACGUCCUGAGCGGAACAGCGCCCUACACCGAGCAGGGCCGGAGUCUCUGCUGGACCUUGCGUGGGGCUGUGAGUCUGUCCCCUCCGCGUAGCUCCCUCCAGCACAGAACUGGACAGAUUCCCUGGGGAGGUCCGGCUGCCGCCUGGACUUUACCUCCAGUGCUCUCUGGGUGGCACCCGCCGCCAAUGGGCACCAGCGCGCGGUGACCUCCGUGCUCCGUGGGCACCUGCAAGAGCAGCCGCCUGCGACGGUGCAGACUCUACUCCUGAGCCUGGGGAAGGGGCGGGAUGCCGAGGCAAUGGGGGUGAGAAGGGGGCGAGAGGCAGAGCUAAGCGCGGGGACUGUACACUUACACGAUGACGUACUCUGUGGCCCCCCUUGCGGUCAUAGGGAGGGGACAGCUUGGCCUCCAUCUCGGCCACACGCUGCCCCAGUAGGACUUUCCUUUCCCCAGAACAGCCUGGCUUUCUUGGAACUCAGUCCUUGGACUCUCUGUCCCCCACCACGCAGGCAGCAGUGUCUGGCCUCCCACACACAGCUGCCCAGUUUCCUUGAAUCUUCUCACCUGACCUGGUGCCACAUUGUCCCACUGCAAUCAUGAUGGGGGGCCCAGACCAAGCCUGGAGAUCUCCUUGCAGAUCCGUGCCUCACAUCCUGGGUGCCAUCAGUGGCCACAUGGAUGGUACUCCCCACCUCUGUCCCCAUUAACCUCCUUUCUAGUUGUCCUGACCCCAGGCCACACAGCCUGGACACCACCCUAACCCCAGGACUUCCCCCAUUCAAAUAGACACCCUCCUAUCCUGAACAUCCUCUCCUGGCCUGCAGGAGUGACUGGAGCUUCAUCUAGCACAAUUUGGCUCCAGGUGGCCCCUGCUGCUAGGAAGACAUGGACAGAUCCCUCUUUCAAUCCCCUCAAUACCUCCUCAGCACUCCUGGAGGCCCUAGUCCUAGGCUAAAGAGUAGAUGAAAUCCAGGAUUCCUCUUUCAUCCCAAUUCCCUAAAGACUCAAGACCUUCAUCAUUGUCUCUGGAACUAGGCUC